GUAGAUGUACAGUUAGUUAUUUUAUUAGUUGAAGUCUUUUAGCCACCUAAGCUUUGAUUGUCAUGGCCAGAUUUCCUUUUUUUUAUUUUUUACAAUGUUUCAUUACCAUAAUUCUUUUUAGAUAUAAUUGCUUUUUUUGAAUAACAAUCUAAUAAGUGGUGCUUGGUCCUAUGGUGGGUGUAUCGUGGGACAUUAUUCAUACAUUGAUAUUUUUUUGAUGGCUGAUUAAUCAAGCAUUUGCAUUAACAUCUUUGACCAUAUAAUAUAAUGUGAUAUCUCCAGUUAUGGCUUUUUUAUGAGGGCAGUUGCACCCAUGUACUAGGACCGGGCCCACAAUCAGCACAGAUUGUCUUAUGAAUGAUUUGUGUUACAGUACUUGUAGUUUAUAAAGGAAGAAAAUCAACCCAAAUUCAACAUCAGUCCAAAUUACUACAUGCCUAUCGAAAGGACUCAGCAGGUCUGAGAUAGAGUAAACUCACUUUAUUAUAUUCUUCUUCACAAUGAUGUACAGUAAAUCAAUAAAAGCACUUUUCUCUAAAUUCUUUUCACAAACAUGCAAUAAAAAGAUUAAAGCUGAAUUAAUUCAAUUUUAUUUCAACUCCAUGCAGCCUUGGCUAUAAAGACAUCCUCAUUGUUUGGGUUGAUUUUCUCUUUCUUGUUCAACAUUUUAACCGUUUUUUAAUGCCCGUUAAUGCUUAUUACACUUAUUUCACAGGUAUCAUGCAAACUUGUUUUGUUGUUGUCAUAACCCAUUUUCCUCCCUCCAUUCCUACUACUACGUUGACGACGUGUUUUUUUCAAGAUGAGAAAAAGUGGAGCUCACUCGCACGAGUCGGUCUUAGACAGUGAGGGCAUGCACUGCGCACAAUGCAGUUGCUCUUAGACACACAGUAUCAGGGAUCUUAGAUAGACAGUCAAGUAGUCUACCGCGCAUGGAGAUUUUUGUUUUCUUGUUUUAUGCUUUUUCCACACUAUUUUCUUUUUACAUUCGGAUCAAAUCGAAUCCCAAAACCGAAUUUGUGUGUAUACAGACACACCAUUGGGGUGAAGUGGAGCGCAUUUUCACAGAAGAGACCCCUCUCUGUAUUUAUUUGUUAUUAAACUGGCAGAGCAAAAGGUUCAGGUCCAAGUACCACCCAGAUGAGGCCAGCCGACUUAAGGCAGAGGCCCACGGUGCCCUGCGCAACCGUGUGAAUGUCUUUGUGUUCCUGAUGGAGAAUAGCUGGUUUGAUAAUGUCUCUUUGGACAUUGAACAAACACCAGCCAUCAUCAAGGUUCUGGAUGCAGCCGUGAUAAAAAUGGAAGGUGGGACAGAUCAUGAUCUUCGCAUCUUGGACUUGCCAUCUGAAGAGGAAGAGGACAGGGAGAAGGCGGCGUCUGUUUCAGGGGGAGCUGAACCUCCUAAGAGAGAAGAGCUCAAAAUGUUGGAUGGCGACCGCAAACCCUCAGAGGAGAAAGACAAGACCGAAAAGGACCAGAGCGAUUCUGCCAUCACAGAGAGAGCUGCAGCCAGAGCGGAAAAAGGGGAGGAUAUUAAAGAGGAGGGAGAGAAAGAACCUACAGAAGAAGACAUGCCCGAACCCAAGAAGCCAAGAAGAAAGAGAAAGCGCAGCGGGGAUAGUGAUGAUGAAGCCAGUGCCUCAGAGAGCGAUUCAGACUCGGAUUCAGACUCCAACUCCAACUGCUCUGACAAACCCGUAAAGAAAGAAGAGGUGGAAGACAAGGAUGAGGAAGAAGAGGAGGGUGAAGAGGUGAAACCUAAGGAGAACACUGAGGAGGAGGAGGAGAAGAAAGAAGAAAAAAAGCCCAAAGAUGACUCUCCCAGACCCCGGCCUCUCCACAGGACCUGCUCUCUGUUCAUGAGAAGCAUUGCUCCAACUAUUUCCAAGGCUGAGAUUAUCGCACUGUGUCGUAGAUACUCUGGCUUUCUCCGGGUUUGCUUGUCCGACCCUCAUCCAGAGCGCAGGUUCUUCAGACGUUGCUGGGUGACAUUUGAUCGCAGCGUCAACAUCAAAGAGGUCUGCUGGAAUCUGCAGAACAUUCGACUGCGAGACUGUGAGCUGGCACCAGGGGUGAACAGGGACCUGGCGCGGAGGGUGCGUAAUGUUAAUGGCAUCACUCAGCACAAGCAGGUGCUCCGCAAUGACAUCAAGCUGGCUGCCAAACUCAUCCAUGCCUUGGACGAUAAAGGAGACCUGUGGAGCUUGAAGUCUCAGGACGAUAGUCAGAGCACAGAGCUGCCAGCCCAGAACCCCAUCUUGAAGAAUAUCACUGAUUACCUGAUAGAGGAGGUGAGUGCUGAGGAGGAGGAGCUCCUGGGCUCUGCAAGCGGGAUGGAUUCUGAGGAGGGCACCAAGGAAGGAAACCCUACAGAGAUGACUGUGGAGAGGGACGACAAGCUAGCCAAGGUUUUGGAUCGGCUGAUCUUGUACCUGCGCAUUGUGCAUUCAAUUGAUUACUACAACACCUGUGAAUACCCCAGUGAGGAUGAAAUGCCCAAUCGCUGUGGCAUGAUCCAUGUACGUGGACCCAUCCCCCCCAACCGCAUUACACAUGGAGAAGUGCAACAAUGGCAGAAGAUGAUGGAGGAGAAGCUGUGUCCUUUGUUUAGUUUAAAAGAAGUACUGUCUGAGGAUGAGGCAGUGAAGAUGGGCCGCAAGGACCCUGCGGAGGAGGUGGAAAAGUUUGUGUCUGCAAACACUCAAGAGCUUGGAAAGGACAAGUGGCUCUGUCCGCUUAGUGGCAAGAAGUUUAAGGGGCCAGAGUUUGUACGGAAGCACAUCCUCAACAAACACGGGGAUAAAAUUGAAGAAGUAAAAAAGGAGGUGGUGUUCUUUAACAAUUUCAUGAUGGAUGCCAAGAGACCGUCUCUGCCAGAGAUGAAAAUUCCUCCUCUUCCAGUCCCAGGUCAAGGCUUGCUUUCUCCCAGCAUGCCAUUUCCUCCUCAGGGUCCUCAGGGUCCAAUGGGUUUUGGACAGCCUCGCCCCCCACUGAUGGGCUACGGUGGAGGACCUCCCUAUCCCCCCAAUCAGUACGGAGGAGGAGGAGGAGGAGGAGGCAGAGGCAACUACGACAACUUCCGCGGACAAGGUGGCUACCUUGGGAAGCCACGCAACAUUAGAAUGUCACGAGGUGAUCCACGCAACAUCAUUGAAUAUCGCGACCUUGACGCACCUGAUGAUAUGGACUUCUUUUAGAAGGUUCACUUAGUCUUUGGUCUUAAUUCUUCCCCUGUUUUGUGUUCUGCUCGCUAUGUGUAGAGAUUAGCUCAUUUGUUUUCCUAAAUAUUUUAUUUUGCAAUUAUUGUGCCACUACUAGAACAAACUUCUGCUGUAAACUUGUUCUUCAAUAAAGUUGUGAUCUAAUUA